UUCAAACGUGCAACUGGUCACAGAAAAGCGAAUUUCCUCCUUCUAGUUCAACGGCUCAGCAAGGUCUUCAAUUGAUAUCAAUUGCUUCUUUUCGCAUAGCGGAGGACAUCCCAACAUGCCACCGUCCACGACCGCCACUCCCGCUGGGACGUCCAGCGCAGCAGGCGGCUCAGCUGCAUCACGAUCGCGGCCACAGACAUCUCGCAGAAGAGCACAUCAGCCCGCAGACGACGCGGCAUACCAUGCACCGCCGUCCGCAUCGAAUGCUGGGACGAAGCGCGCCGCGGUCGAGCGGGCGGAGGGGGAGCCGCGCUUGAAGCGAAAGAGGGUGGACACCUCAGCGAAUGCAGCAAUGGCUGCUCCAACGCGCAAUGGGUCUGCAGGGCCAAACUUUGGUACGGGCAUGAAUGGGAUACGGAAUAUUAGGCUUGGGACAGAUGGGGAGGGCAAGAUAUCUCUGGUCAAUUUCACCACUCUACCACUUUCCUCUAUCUAUGAAUACCUGAUCAUGAACAACCUCGUGCCGCAAAUUGAUCCCUCCCCGCUCACCGCAUACGACCCGCCAACCCCGAUAUCGCUCCUCUUCCCGCCUCGCCUGCGCCACCGCUCGCAUACCGCUAGCCCACCCAUUACUCCCGCUAACCGGCCCCGACGGCGCCGCAGUGCGCGCCUCGUCGAAGACGAACAGAACCCGCAGCACUCGGUCGUGCCGAUAUUGGCUGACGUAGACGAGGUGAAGGACGUGCUUGCGACGAUCGCGCAACAACACUGGCAAGAAAGUUCAGUCAAGGAAGUGGACACGCUCGCAACGUUCAUGUGCGCUGUCAAGGCCAAAGCAAGGACAGCAGCAUAAUGAAGAUACGAGAAUUCCUCGGGUCAUGGAUGUGACGGCGGGACGCUUCGAGUGCGACACAUGUACAUGUUCAGCUGUACGUUGAUUGACAAGAUUAACCGUCAACUGAGCGCCACUCGCCAUCAAGCUCACAAGCCGUUCUGCCCGACGGCAUGUUCUCCUCGGAAAAUUUACCUUUCUUGCUUACUUGUGGCCGUCGUGCGUUCACCCUUCUGUACAUGCCCC